CUGUCAAUCUCCUCCUGAAUCAUCCUUUCCUGGUCUUUCGUAUUCCUUUCAUUCAGCCCGUCACCCUUCUGAUCGUCUCCACGUUGACAGUGUAAUUACUUUUAAUGGCUUUUGGGUUCAUGAACACUAUAAAUAGUUGGCCCAGGCUGCUGAGCAGCACAAUCACACUUCACUCAGAUAUACCCAAAGGACACAAGCGAAGCCAGAGAAGCCAGCAUGGACACCACAGGAAAGACAAUCACAUGUAGGGCAGCCAUUGCCUGGAAAGAAAAGUCUCCUCUUACAAUUGAAGAAGUGCAAGUUGAGCCACCAAAAGCUGGAGAAGUUCGCAUUAAGAUGGGAUCUUCAGGAAUCUGUGGUUCUGACGACCAUGUGCUGACAGGAGAUUUAUCAAUGAAAUUCCCUCUGAUUCCGGGACAUGAAGGAGCAGGGAUUGUGGAGAGUGUUGGCGAUGGAGUUAGCUCUGUGAAACCAGGAGACAAAGUCCUCACACUCAUUAUUCCACAGUGUCGAGAAUGUGAUGCCUGCUUGCACUCCCAAGGAAACUUCUGUGACAAGCAAGAUGUUCUUCCAUGUUCUGGAGUGAUGCUGGACGGGACCUCUAGGUUUUCCUGCCGAGGACAGAAGGUUUACCAUUCAUUCCGCACAAGCACAUUCACUGAGUACACUGUCGUGCCCGAGAUUUCAGUAGUCAAAAUUGAUGCUGCUGCCCCUAUGGAUAAAGUUUGUCUCUUUAGCUGUUGCGUCCCUACAGGCUAUGGUGCUGCUGUUAACUCAGCCAAGGUCACCCCUGGCUCCACCUGUGUGGUUUUUGGACUCGGAGGGAUCGGCUCUGCCAUUGUCAUGGGCUGCAAAGCUUCUGGUGCUUCUAGAAUCAUCGGGGUUGACAUCAAUGAGCAGAAGUUUCCCCGGGCAAGAGCCUUGGGUGUCACUGAUUGUCUCAACCCUAACAAGCUCAAGAAACCUGUCCAUGAGGUAGUGAUGGAAAUGACGGGUGUCGGUGCUGAGUUCGCCUUUGAGGCCAUUGGAAAGAUUGAAACCAUGGUUUCUGCUUGGAACUCCUGCAACAUAAGCUAUGGUGUCUGUCUGAUCCUUGGGGUGGCCCCAGAAGAUACACAGCUGCCCCUUGAGGCAACUAAGAUAAUAUCUGGAAAAACCAUGAAGGGCGUGUGUUUGGGAGAUUAUAAACCCAGAGACUGUAUUCCCCAACUAGUGACUGAUUACCUUCAAGAUAAGAUUAAUAUAGAUCCAUUAGUGACUCACCAGCUGCCUUUUAACCAACUCCAAAAAGCCUUGGAACUGUAUCAUACGGGAAAAGCUGUCCGCUGUGUUCUACUAUUCUGAGAUCUCAAUGCUAAAAGUGCAAGAGCAUCCGGAAGGGCUUUCGUUCCUGUCCUGUUUCACCUCUCUGAUUGCUCCUGAGCAGCUGGAAGAGAUUAUGCAACAUCAGCAGGAACACAGUGUAACUGCCCAAUGUGAGCCAAGGCCUUUGACUACACUGGUAAUAAAAUAAGU